GAGAAUCAAAGCGUUGUAAGAACCAAACCAGUUCAGGGCCAAGAAACAGGUAUACUUCCCUUCAGUUAGCACAUGACACAGUACGGACCAUGUGGACUUUGUUACUUGUGGUACUAGCUACUGGAUCACCAGCACUACUUCAGGCAGCCCCGGUUCAGGGUCACAGUGGCAGAUGCAGCUUUGCUGGUGUUCUCCAUGUUGAGGGGACCAGCCGUUACUCUCUGACUUUCCAACAGUCUUUGGAAUUGUGUCAGAGUUUAGAUUACAAACUGGCAACACAGGAACAGAUCAUUGAAGCUUACCAAAAAGGCUUGAGAACAUGCAGAUACGGCUGGAUUGAUGGUCAAAAUGUCACGUUCCUCCCACACGUUAAUGCUCCAAACUGUGACUCCAGUUCCACAGAGGUCACCUUCCACCCUAAAGCAGCAGAAUAUCUUUCUGAUGUUUACUGUUUUAACCCAUCAGAUUCAUCAAACUGUGAAUAUACUGUUAAAAGUAACUCUGAGGGUGCAACCAAUGGAAUCACGGCCACAGAAAGUGAAAAGCCACAUGAAGACAUUCUUAAAGAGGUCAAGACGGAGGGUUUUCUAGUAUAUUUGGAGGAGAUAAUGGGAAGAGUAAAAAGAGAAACUUCCCCUUUGGAUGGCAUGGAGGUCCCCAGAACAGUUCUUCCUGAUGUGGACAUGAAACCUUCUACUGUUCCUACCUUGGACACUAAAGGGCCUGCAAACAAGCCCAGUUUUGAGUCGAGCUCAUCCUCUGUUGCCCCCAGUGUUUUGUUCCCUGAUACAGAGGGGAGUGGAUCAGCAUCAGAGCCUGAGCCUAGUCAAUUCACAGUAAGGUCGAUUACCAUAGAGGCUGCUGAAAAAAAAUCCACACAAGAUACACUUGAGGUUCAAAACGUGGCUUCAAACUUGAACACCAGUUCUGAAGGUCAAGUUCGAAUCCUUCAUCCAAUAUCACCCAGAAAAGGGGAGGGACCAUCUACUUGGUUGAUAAUCUUUGCAUUCUGUGUGGUUAUUGGAGCCAUUGUAUGCAUACUUGCUGCUAUUGCCACUAGAGACAAGUGGUAUGGACCGAGACAGAGCACAAACAUCACGACUGAGGAGCACAACAAAGACUACAGUAAAACAGAAACACUGCCAUUGUCAGAGAAAGAGCAGGAGAUAGUGGCACUGAUGAGUGUUACGGCCCUGAAUGGUAAAACAGAGGACAUUACAGCUACCUGUCUGGAUGAGCAUGAGAAAGAGUAUUUAAUGUAACACAGAUUAAGCUGAUGGAGAGAAAUGGCUAACAUUGCCAGAGCCUGAGCUUUAAAUAAAGCUCUCAAAAUAGAUAAAAAUAAUAAUAAUACACAGUAUGCCAAAUAAAAAGUAUCUUUAAAUAGUAAAAAAAAAGGAUACUGUGUAGGUUUGAAAACUCUGCUGUCGCUUUUAUUUGCACUGAUGACUUUUUACUUUUUCUUUGUUUUUCAAAAAAUAGUGCAAUUUUUUCCCAUUUUGUUGCUUCAGAAUUGUUUUUUUUUUUACAUUUAAUAUUUCUUUUCCUUUUUAAAGUAUUAUUUCAAUAAUAGAAAAUGCGUAUUAUCUCUUAUUGACUGACGAUUAAGAAUGAUAUGGUGAGAAAACAUUUUGUACUGGUUUUCAUCUGUUUGUAAGUACUAUGUACUGUGUGAGAAAUUAUGCAUUUUUGAAUGUUAGACAUUGCCCUGUCUUUUAUAAAUAGAGUUUACCAUACCAUAUCCAGUUUGUAUUGCAAUGAGGCAAUUGUAAAUCUUUGCAUUUAUUAAAUUACCCAUAAAGACAUA